AUGAAUGAGGACGAAUGGACUACUGUGAGAUCGCGCCAUACCGCUCGCGGACGGUCGGGAUUCGGUACUCGUGGGCAGUCGCGCGGGCAGCACAUUAGCAACCAAUUCUCAACUACCAGUAGAGGAAAUGGUAGAGGAAGCAAUACUUGGCGUUCCGGUGGCGGGCACCAGCAACAACAACCGCAACAAGGAACCAAUGAUGAUACUUUACAGCAUAAUGGGUUUUCGGUACUAAGGAAUACCUCUCUGUCCAAUAGGUCUGAUCCAAAUAUAAAUCGGCACCUUUCUUCAUCAGACGAAUCCGAAUCUUCUGAAAACGAAUCUGUCACAAAUGAUGCUCAAGAGAAUUCUCUCCCUCCAUAUCACAUAACAUUAUCUGUUCGUUGUCCGUUCCCCGAUUGUCUCUUGGAAGAACCAUUAACCACUAGCACUGCACUAGUAGAUCAUUUGAAGUUGGUGCAUAAAUUACAGUUUGUUAAUUUUCACCAUGUUUAUAUGAUACUGGAGAGUUAUCUAGACUAUUGGGCCAAAAAAGUUGCCGAGAAAGGUGUGGAGAAUGUCGGGAGAAAGGAAGCCGGAGAAGAAGGUGAAAUAUAUUUUAUUGACCCCGGUAAAAUGCCGCAAGAUAAAGAAUUACGCGAAAGGCUCCAGCAUGAGAAAUUGAACGAAAUACUUGCAAUUCAAGCGCGUGAACGUAUCGAAGAAGCUAGACAUGAACGCAAAUGUCUUUUUUGUAAAAACAUUUGCGAGAACAGAGCAGUACUAUUUCGUCACAUGUUUGAUGAACAUAAUUUUAAUAUUGGUCUCGCAGAUAAUCUCGUCAACGUUAACGAGUUUCUCGAGAUUUUAGAGAAGAAAUUAGCCGGUUUACAAUGUAUUUAUUGUGAGAAAGUAUUUGUUACUUCUACAGUGCUUCGUAAGCAUAUGCGCAAAAAGAAACAUUUUAAAAUUAAUGCGCGAAACAGAAUAUACGAUCAAUUUUAUGUUAUUAACUACCUGGAGCCAGGAAUGAAUUGGGAAACGUUUGAAAGAGAGAGAUAUGAUUCAGACGAAGACAGAAAAGAUGAUUCAUGGGAAGAUUGGAAUGAGAUAGUCGAACCAGAUCCAACUGUUUGUUUAUUCUGUGAACUUGUAGCCAACUCUCCUAAAGAAGCGUCUCUGCAUAUGAAACAAAAACAUAACUUUGACUUACACGGGGUUCAACGAGAAAUGGGACUUGGAUUUUAUAAAAUGAUUGCUCUAAUAAACUACAUUCGUCACAAGACAUCCAUUAAUUCCUGUAUGUCUUGCAACGCGUCGUUUGAUACACUACCUCAAUUGACGGAGCAUAUGGAGAAACAGAACUGUUUUAGCAAAGUUCCUGAUCUGAAUCAUGCGUUCUGGACAGAUCCUCACUACUUAUUUCCAACAUACGAGAACGACCCACUCCUUACGGGAGUUGAAGAAGCUGUUGGGAGCGAAGAAAAUUCAGGUGACGAGUUAUUACAGAUUCCCGAAAAUAUUGUUAUUGUACCUGAGAAUAAAAAAGAAGAGUUUGCGCAAAUUUGA